AUGGAUUCAAGAACGACGUCCUUUUCCGUAUCGCGCCCUCAGUCAGUACACCGACCGAGUCUGAGCUCGAGGCUAUCGUUCGCCGUAUCGACCGUCGAGCGGGGCGAGGGCGGCGCCGACGCGCCUGUGAGGGAGCAGAUCGACGACGAGAUUGCAGAGAUUAAGCGCUACGAGGACUUCACGACCAUCGACUGGGUACAAGAUGCCGCACGGGAACGACAACGGCGCAAGGCGCGGCGGAAGAAGACGGCUGGCCUCUUUGACAAUGGGAGGGUGACGUGGCGCUACAAGCUGUGGGAAUCCUACGACGCCGCUCAGGGGUGGAUUGUGGUCACACUUGUCGGCGCUGCCAUUGGCAUGAUUGCUUCGUUUCUGAACAUCAUUACCGAAUGGCUGUCGGAUAUCAAGUUGGGCUACUGUACCACUGCGUUCUAUCUCAACGAGAGCUUCUGCUGUUGGGGCGAGGACAAUGGAUGUGCUGACUGGCAUCGAUGGACCAGCUUCGAGCCGGUCAACUACCUCCUCUACAUUGCAUUCGCCACCAUAUUCGCUUUCACGGCCGCCACCUUGGUCAAAUCGUUUGCUCCGUAUGCAGCUGGCUCUGGUAUAUCGGAGAUCAAGGUCAUUAUCGCCGGUUUCGUCAUGAAGGGUUUCCUGGGAUUUUGGACUCUGCUCAUCAAGUCAAUCGCAUUACCCCUAGCCAUUGCAUCUGGACUGUCUGUAGGCAAGGAAGGCCCCAGUGUUCACUAUGCCGUGUGUGCUGGCAACGUGAUCUCCAGGAUGUUCGCAAAGUACAAGAGCAAUGCAUCCAAGACUCGCGAGAUCCUCAGUGCUUGCGCCGCCGCCGGCGUCGGCGUCGCCUUUGGUAGUCCUAUUGGAGGUGUGCUAUUCUCCUUGGAGGAAAUGUCGAGUUACUUCCCCUUGAAGACCAUGUGGCGGAGCUACUUUUGCGCUUUGGUUGCGACCGCAGUUCUAUCGGCCAUGAAUCCUUUCCGCACUGGACAGCUCGUCAUGUUUCAGGUCAAGUACGAUCGAUCAUGGCACUUUUUCGAGGUGGUUUUUUACAUCAUACUUGGAAUCUUUGGUGGUCUAUAUGGAGCUUUCGUUAUGAAAUGGAAUUUACGGGCUCAAGCCUUUAGGAAGAAGUAUCUCACCAAAUAUGCCGUUCUAGAGGCAACGCUCCUAGCUGCUGGGACAGCCAUCAUCUGCUAUCCUAACGUCUUUCUACGGAUCGACAUGACCGAGAGUAUGGAAAUUCUAUUUCUCGAGUGCGAGGGAGCAGAAGACUACCAAGGCCUUUGCGAUGCCGACAAGCGCUGGGGCAACAUUGUGUCUUUGACACUUGCUACACUCAUAAGGAUAUUUCUGGUGAUCAUAUCCUAUGGUUGCAAGGUGCCAGCCGGUAUCUUCGUCCCAUCCAUGGCCAUUGGAGCAUCCUUCGGACGGACUGUGGGCAUCGUUGUCCAGGCUCUCUACGACACUUUCCCGAACAGCGCCUUCUUUGCAUCAUGUCAACCUGACGUGCCAUGUAUUACGCCAGGAACGUAUGCUUUCCUUGGUGCAGCGGCAGCUCUUUCUGGCAUCAUGCAUAUUACCAUCACCGUUGUGGUCAUCAUGUUUGAGCUGACUGGAGCUCUCACCUAUAUCCUUCCAACCAUGAUCGUCGUGGGUGUGACCAAAGCUGUAUCCGAGCUCUUUGGUAAAGGUGGCAUUGCAGAUCGCAUGAUCUGGUUCAGUGGUUUCCCUUUCCUAGACAACAAGGAAGAGCACAACUUUGGUGUUCCUGCACAGGCCGUGAUGAAGACGGAUGUAGUAGCUCUCCCGGCCAAUGGAAUGUUACUCCAAGCUGUGGAAGAUUUGCUGAGUCAACCGAAAUACCAAGGAUUUCCGGUUGUGGAUGAUCUCGACUCGCGGAUACUCUUGGGUUAUAUCGGACGAACUGAGCUGCGAUAUGCCAUUGAAAGACUAAAACGAGAGCGCGGCAGCGCUGUCAACGCCAACGCCAAGUGCGCUUUCUCGCCGCCGGCAGCCGCCCUAAGCAGCAUCACGCCAGUUACGCCGACAAUCAGUCAUGCGGACUUUGGGACUAGCUCGGCAUCGAUCGACUUUAGUCGUUAUGUGGAUGCCACUCCGGUGACUGUCCAUCCCCGGCUUCCUCUGGAAACAGUCAUGGAGCUCUUCCGCAAGAUUGGACCCAGGGUCAUCCUUAUUGAACACCACGGCCGUCUCGUUGGCCUCGUCACGGUCAAGGACUGCUUGAAGUAUCAAUUCCAGGCCGAGGCGGCCGAGAACCCGAGGACCGACCAUGAAAUACAGAGAGGCCACGAGAAGUUGUGGGGUUGGAUACGCACGGCGGCCGGUUGGGUAUCGGGCAAGGUAGAUACCCUCAGUGGCGGACGUAUCCAGCUUGGUGGCGGCCCCGAUGCUGUUACUAGUGGUCGGGGGAGGAUCAUGGAUGGAGAUGAAGAUCUCGCCGACUUGGCUGAUGAUGACGGAGUUGAGCUGGAGAAUAGACAGAUGUGA